AUGUUGCAGAAAAUCCUAAGAAAGGCGAGUGAACGCAAUGCAAGGUAUCAAGCUGUGAUCCGGAGCUUAGUGAAGCGAUACGUGACGGAGAUGCAGCGGAAGCAGCAGCAUCAGGGCGUCAACGAGGACGACAUCAACGAGAUCAAGCAGGACAUCUCGUCGUUUCGCUUCGAGUUGCUAGAGAUACUCAAGAAUAAUGGCAUGCUGGGAGCGGAGGAUAGCACGACUAAACGUG